GGAGUAAAGCCUUAAGCUUGUGACUUUAUAGGUCUGAGAGGCAUUGGCUGAAGAAUGUGUGGACGAACAUCCUGUCACUUGCCUAGAGAUGUUCUCACAAGGGCCUGUGCCUAUCAGGAUCGUCAGGGCAGGCAGCAGCUCCCGCAGUGGAGGGACCCGGAUAAGUACUGCCCCUCAUACAAUAAAAGCCCUCAGUCGAGCAGCCCUGUACUUCUCUCCCGACUGCACUUUGAGAAGGAUGCAGACUCAUCAGAGCGGAUAAUUAUUCCCAUGCGAUGGGGCCUGGUUCCAUCUUGGUUCAAAGAAAGUGAUCCUUCCAAGCUGCAGUUCAAUACUACCAACUGUCGUAGUGAUACCAUGAUGGAGAAGCAGUCAUUCAAAGUUCCUCUGGGAAAAGGACGACGCUGUGUUGUUUUAGCAGAUGGAUUCUACGAGUGGCAGCGGUGUCAGGGUUCAAGCCAAAGGCAACCAUACUUCAUCUAUUUUCCUCAAAUCAAAACAAAGAAGUCAGGUGGGAAUGAUGCUACAGACAGCCUUGACAGCAAGGAAAAGGUCUGGGACAGCUGGAGACCGCUGACAAUGGCUGGGAUCUUUGACUGCUGGGAACCCCCAGAGGGAGAGCGCCUAUAUUCCUAUAGCAUCAUCACAGUUGAUUCCUGCAGAGGCUUGAGUGAAAUCCACAACAGGAUGCCUGCCAUACUAGAUGGAGAAGAGGCAGUGUCCAAAUGGCUUGACUUUGGUGAGGUCACCACUCAGGAAGCUCUGAAGUUAAUCCAUCCCAUAGAUAAUAUAACUUUCCAUCCAGUUUCUACAGUGGUGAACAACUCCAGAAACAACACCCCGGAGUGUCUGGCUCCUGCUGGCUUGGUGGUGAAGAAGGAGCCCAAGACAUGUGGCAGCAGUCAACGAAUGAUGCAAUGGCUAGCUACAAAGUCACCCAAAAAAGAAGCUCCUGAAUCACCCAAAAAGGAUGAGUCAGGUAUACCCCAGUGGUCCAGCCAGUUUCUGCAGAAGAGCUCAUUGCCUACAAAAAGAGGUGCCACCAGCAGCCUCUUGGACCGAUGGCUAAAGCAGGAGAAGGAGGAAGAGCCCAUGACCAAGCGACCUCACAGCUAGUACAGGCUCCUACAUCCCAGGCCUCAGUCUGGUACAGUAAAUGACUGCUGUCCCCAGUUGACUGGGAUUGUAUUGGUUUACUUGGGAAGGUGGUAGCACAGUGUCAGCUGACAGUUGUGCGGAGGAACAUGGCUACUGUGGGACAGACUGCAUGAGAAGAGGAGGACUGGCUGCCAUGGCCAGCCCUGUGGGCCCUCUACCCACCCUGCUUCCUCCUGGGAGCUUUCCUUCUGUUCUGGGUGUUCUUGGAAGCAGAUUCUUAAUCUCUAGGCUCUCUUUUAGAAUUAAGUUCUUAAAAAUGUAUUUUGUUCUAAAUAAAUUACGUUUGAUAAA